AUUCGUGGGUUGAGCUAGUAACUGCCACAACUCAUACAGCUGAGUGUCUUCCAAAACAAAGCCGAUGCUCGGGACAGUCAACACCACUGGGAUGCAGGGCUUCAACAAGUCUGAGCGGUGUCCCAGGGACACUCGGAUGACGCAGCUGCUGUUCCCAGUGCUCUAUACUGUGGUCUUCCUGGCAGGCAUCCUGCUGAACACCAUGGCCCUCUGGGUGUUCGUCCACAUCCCCAGCAAUUCCACCUUUAUUGUCUACCUCAAGAACACUCUGGUGGCAGACUUGAUAAUGGCACUCAUGCUGCCUUUCAAAAUCCUUUCCGACUCACACCUUGCGCCCUGGCAGCUCCGAGGAUUUGUGUGCACGCUCUCCUCCGUGGUCUUCUAUGAGACGAUGUAUGUAGGUAUCAUGAUGCUGGGCCUCAUCGCUUUCGACAGGUUCCUCAAGAUCAUCGUACCGUUCAGGAAAACCUUUGUGAAAAAAACGGCUUUCGCAAAAACAGUCUCCAUCUCUGUCUGGUCCCUGAUGUUCUUCAUCUCCCUGCCAAACAUGAUCUUGAACAAGGAGGCAACGCCAUCAUCCGUGAAGAAGUGUGCAUCUUUAAAGAGUCCCCUUGGGCUGUGGUGGCAUCAGGUGGUCAGUCACACCUGCCAGUUCAUUUUCUGGGCUGUGUUUAUUCUGAUGCUUCUGUUUUAUGCGGUGAUUACCAAAAAGGUAUACAACUCCUAUAGGAAGUUUAGGAGUAAAGACAGCAGGCACAAGCGGCUGGAGGGGAAGGUAUUUAUCGUCAUGGCUGUCUUCUUUGUCUGCUUUGCCCCACUGCAUUUUGUCAGAAUACCAUACACUUACAGUCAAACCACCAAUAAGACUGACUGUAGGUUAGAAAACCAGCUGUUUAUUGCUAAAGAAGCAACUCUCUUUCUGGCAACAACUAACAUUUGUAUGGACCCCUUAAUAUACAUAAUUUUAUGCAAGAAGUUCACACAAAAGGUGCCCUGUGUGAGAUGGGGAAAGGCAAGAACAGCAGGGUCAAGCGAAGACCACCGCAGUAGUCAGACAGACAACAUCACCCUAGCCUGACCACUGUGUCCCACAGGUUAAUUUCACACAUGGCCUCACGUCUAUUUAUGGAUGGGAUUUCAAAAGAUCGUUUAUGUGGAGACCUCAUUUAAGCAUUACAGGAAAAAAGAGGGGAAAAAAAAGUUCCCUACAUUUUAUUAUCCUAGUGUAUGGGAAAACAUUACGCCCAUUUUAACCACAUAGAUGUAUUUAUAAGCAGGAUACAUUAAGAGAACAUGUAAUACGGCAAAUGGCCACUAGAUGUCACCUUUUCGAGUGCAUUCAUGUACUAUGGAAAAGGUUAAUGGGAAACAGGUUUGCCUGAAAAACCUUCCUUCUAGUUACCACCCCGAGAUCUCUCACACACAUAAUUCCUAAAACACCAGGCUGGCUUUUACAGCCUUCAGAAUGCUGACACUUGUGGACAGAAACCAACCAACUUGCAUAUCCAGUGCCUGUGUGGAACGGCUAAGGUGGGGGCUCAAAGAGAUGCAGUCUGAGGAACCAAAGUGGGUUGGUCAAAAUAACCCCAGGAAUCUCAAAAGAUUUCCACUUUACAAGUGCAAAGGGCUGCUCCUACAUCUAAACAGAGCACUAGAAGAGAGGCACCUGCGACAGGCAAAGCCAGUUCACAGCCAUGUGCAAUCUGAGAGAGGGGAGGUGUUUAGUCAGCAAAACCUUCCUGGGCAACAGCAUCUGCACCCUGUUGGAAAAUAAUUAUUUCCCUCACUGUUUAUCUAUAAAUUAGGUUCCUUGCUACGCACUGUCUUAUAUUAACUGCUUUCAUUCUUAACCACAUUUCCCAAAAACAGGGUUCGUAAAAAGACAGCUAAAUCAUACAUUUUUACAAAAGGAAUGGGGUAAGGAUAUCCUAGACGGGAUGCUGUACACUAUCUUUAGUGCAUGUAAGCAAGGGAAUGGUUGGCCUGGCAUUAGUAAUAUUCAUGCGGGACGAUUUUUCAAAGCCUGAUUCAUUUUAUUUGUGCCUAUCUACUUCCCUGGAUCUCUUUAUGGGCUUAAGAAAAUUAAAAUAUGUGGCUGGUGAUGCUGGCUUUUCUGGAGAACAUGACGACUCCUCCCCUAACCGCGCCUGUAAUAUGAAAUCCUGGCUUCUCUCUUUCCAUAGCCUCAGAAGCCACAGAGCCAAGACAACUUCCUUGUCUUCCUGGAAUCACUUGCUAAUCUUGACCUUUACAAACUCCAUUUAAUAUGGCACAUUUUGUCUGCACUGCACUGUACAUAGAACCUUCCAUCUGACCCACUUUGUAAGUUCCUAUCAAUUAAUGACACCCAAAGUUGCUGUCCCUUACUCCAGGUAACCUUACCUGCCCAACCUCCUCCAAUUCCUCCAGCCCAAUCACUUCCUCAUCUGUGUGACAUCAUUCCUCAUCUACUUAUCGAAUUGAUUUAGGAUAAUUUGCUAAAUAUGCACUGUGCAAUUAAUAAAUUUUGCUAAAACAAAUCAAAA